UUAUUUUGUGUGCCAGUCUGCUAUUUUGCUAAAAGGUGAUCUCGGGGGAUAGGCUCAGUUCUAGGUUUAAAGAGUUUCUCAGGACGAUAGUCUCAGGGAAUCCUCUGUUCUCUGCUGUUCCAGUUUGUGACUUAUGGAAUUAAUCUGAAAACUUGGAACUUAAUCAUUUAUGUUCCAAGCACUCUGAGAGAAUAAAUCAGAACUUAAGAUGAGAACAGCCCUGGUGUGAUCCUGACUUCUCAUCUGUAUUUUAUCCGAGAAGAGUGAUGUAGCUCACUUUCCCAAUACCGAGAAACACUAGCUGUCCUCUUGUUUCCAACAGAGGCGGCCUCAGCAACAUGCUGUUCCAGUGCUCCUUGCCCGACACAAUAGCAGCUGUUGGCGAUGAGCCUCGGAAGGUGCUGCUCCGGCUCUACGGAGCGAUUCUACAGAUGGUGAGUUCCUGGGCUGCUUUGGGAGUGGGAGGGCCCUUUUUAGGUUUUGUGAUCCUUUUUCCUCAAAUGUCUGCAAAGAGAUUUUAAGUACUUCGUUAAUGUUAUUAAAAAUAUCGAAAUACAUUGCUUUGAUUUGAGUUGGGCUGCACAACAUGCUUUAUUUUUUGCAUUCUAAGUUCAUUUCCUGUUUUUACCCACAUGUAUUAGUAAAUUAGUACAAUUAUUCCCAGUUUUACAUCCAGAGAACACAUAAUGUUGGUUAAAUCUUUAGUAGUUCUUGAUGAUGCUCGAAUUUCCUAAAGCACAAUGAAAUGGUCAGCUCAGACCUAGAUUAUAAGAACUGUGCUGUAGGGAAGAUACUGUUUUUAUAGCAUGAUCAACACAAUUUUAGAGGAUGGUACUAGUUAAGAAAGUAUAAUCUUAGUGAAGCUGAAUUUAUUAACCUCCCUUUGAGAUUUCUUUAAAACUUUAAAUUUGUUAGAUUCAUAAUCUUUUAAAAUUUUUACAUUACUUAAAUAAUCUACAAAUCUAAUUUGCAGGUAAUUAAAGUGUGCUAUUUGAAUUGUCUAACCAAGUCAAAUAUAGGAUGCUCUAGAUAACCAGUUUUUACCUGUUUAUGCCAUGAAUUUGCCAUUUCACUGACCACACAUAGACAUGUUUGGUCGAUAAUUCUAUGGUAAAUAAACUAAAAUUUUAAUACCCAUUUUAGUCUUCUUUAGAAGGACCCCUUUUUAUCUUCAUAAAAUAGAGCAGAAUGGUUUUCUGACUUAACUUUUUAAAAAGAAUUGUCUUUUUCAGCUCAGUCUGAAAAGCAAGUCAUGUCCACAUCUAUGGUAUUUGAUUCUAUGUUUAGAAAUACUAAAGUUGACAUUUGUAGUCUAAGGUGUUAAUUCAUUUAACAAAUUGUCAUAAUGUGAAUGAGCCCUUUUGUUGUCUAAUUUUUCUUUGGCUGUGUCAAGCUGUGAAAGUGGUUAAGAUCUGGAUAUGCUGGAAACAAUUCCGCAUGUUUUAGAGGUUCAUAGCUAUUCCACUGACACAUAUUUUCCUGAGAAAACUGAGUUCAUCUUGUUAUUAGGUGCAUACAGUUGACAUACAGUCAGGGCCACACUAACUUGCAAACACUGACUCCUUGAUGAUAAACAAGCAGAGAAGAUUCUUGUGUUUACCAUGCAGUUCAGUUUUUUUAUUUAAUCAAGUUACAGUUUCAAAGCACAGCAUUUGAACACUCAAAGCCUGUCUGGCAUUUUUAAUGAUCUCAGUCUUUUUAGCCAUUUUUUCUUUGGGGACUGUGUAUAUUCUAUAAUAAUGGUCCAUUUCUGCUCAUUUGUUUCAUGUGCUUUGCAUUUAAGCCAUACAUUUUCAGAACAGUUUAAUAACCUGCUGCUGAAAUGGCAUGUGAUAUAAGAAUAUUGUUUAUAUCUGAUUUACAAAACUUUAGUUUCUACUUAUAACUUCAGUAGAAGCCUUUUGAGUGUACGCUUUGCUCCUCCACGUACUAGACUCAGCUAGGAGCCGGGUGCUAUUCUCCAGAGUGGCACUGCCCAAGGGAACUUUCUGCAGUGACGGCACCAUUCUGGGUGUUGUCUAGUUCGAUAGUCACCAGACACGUGGCUGUUGAGCACUCAGAAUGUGUCAGGUGACGCUGAGGAACUGAAUUUUAAAGUAUAGCUCAUUUUAACUCAUUUAAAUUUACAGGGUCACAGGUAACUAGUGAGCACCACGUUGGCCAGGAUAGCUCUAGGCUGUGCUGUGUUCCUGUGUAAGUUACUGCAUUGUAAAAGCCCGCUCUAGCCUGGCCUGUGACUCGGGAGUUAUCUUUUUCCCUAAUAAAGAUUCACUGUCUAACAGUUGUUAUCUUUUGUCUUUUUGAAAUUUUAGCAGCCUAAAAGUAUUACCUUGCAGUAGUUAAGUGCAAUAGAAACGUCUGGAAAUAGAAACAAGUCUAUAUCCCUAUUUAUUAAGAAAAUUUUAAAAAGACGAUUGGGUGACUCAGAAGAAUAAAUAGAGUAGUUGAAGCCACUUAAAAUGGAUUUAACUCUUACCAAACUAACAGAAUGGAGUAUGUUUAACAUACAAGUCUAAUUUGGGGGGGAGGGGCACUUUGCAUUUUGUUUUCCAGUUUCCAUCCCCAGUGGCACAUCUGCUGAUGAAGGGCGGAAACUGUGCUGGUGGAAAGCAUCUUAGAUAGAAGGGGAAAUGAGUAGUUUACUAAAUUGAUAAUACGAAAAUGUCUAACAAUCUCAUAGUUGACUCUACUAGACAGUGAACUCCGUUUUAUUGGGAAAAAAGCUAUUGCUUCACUUCAUAGGUGAGAAUCUACGUUUUCAAUAUAAUUGGUCAGCUGGAUGAGCCCUUAGUUCAAGUACCCUUUUUUUUUUAAUUGAAUUUUGAACCUAAUAAAACUAUGGUACCUACAGCCUCAAAUUUAAAUCUCUUUGGUUCCCAAGUUCUGCAGGGCUUAGCAGGGGCACGGAUGUAGUUAGAAGUUCACAUCGAUGGCCACUGUAGACCGUGGUCCCUGUGAAUACUUGACAGCCUGAGGAGGGGAUUCUUGGAAAUAUCUGGUGAGAGAGACAGAAAGGAGUGGAGGAGACUGAGGAGCUUCUGAGAUGUCAGCUGGGCAAAGUGCCCUGUGCAUUAAAAGCUGAGCUUUUACAGCACCAUGCCAGAGAUUUUACCAUAAAUCUAAAUUCCUUUCCAAAUAUUUUCAACUCAGCUCUAAUUGUCUAGUAUUGCUUUUAUUUUUUACCGGGGCAUGGGUGCAAUCUUGUUCCUGGUUUAUGAUCAACUCUUUGGAACAAAUCUGGCCUGUAAUGGAAGGAGGGGUAUUUAUAGUCUACAAACAAGGCCUUUGUACCCAUAACAACAACAGAAGUUGCCAGAAUUGAUAGUAAAUUGUCAGAAUUUGCACUAAUUAGGAGAUGUGGCUGGGUAAAUACAGAGCCCCAAGUAAAGAAUCACAUAACAUGAUAAAUGUAUGGGUUGAAGACAGAAUUAACUCUAGCACAACACAAAUUUAUGCUUUGCUUCUUUUUCACUCUGCCUCACAGGAGGACACACAUCCGUAUACGCAUGUGUGCUCCCUGGUGGGUGCGUGUGUAUGCCAGUGUGACUGGUGUCCCCCCAGUCAGCUAUAUAAAUAUGGUGGUAGCAUCCUUGAAGAUGGGUUAGAAUUUGCCCCUUUCUUGAAAAAUGUUAAUUGAAUACCGUACAUAAUGAUAGGCCUAUGUAUUUUCUCAGAAUAUUUUGCUGAUUUUGCUUAAUUAUACGACACACCAGUUUAGUAUUAUGUCCCUUUUUUCCCUUUCCCCAUUGUUUUAAGUCUGUUACAUAGAAAUAUUUCUCAUGUGUUUCGAUUAGCAAAUGAUUUACAAGUGACUUGGUUUAAAGUAAUUGAAUGCUUCUCAACGUUCUCAUGUUUCUUGGUCUUGGUGUUGCGAGAUGUCUAACUUGCUUUAUCUCCGUAGUGGCAGUGAAUGACUGCUCUUGGCGCAGUUCACUCAGGGUUAAGUAACAGAAGGCCAAGGUAAAACUCUCUGACGGGGUUAAGGUUCAGUUCUGUCCCUAACAUCUGUCUCUUCCAGCCCGUCUCUAUAGAAGAUGAGACAUAAGCAAACUUUCUAACUGUAUCCUGGAGCUUUUGUUUAGGAUGUGUAUUAAUUUUAGGGGGCUUAUGAAAAGUCCCGUGUUUGACAAGGGGAAGAAUGAGUCCUUUUGAAAAUAGCAACACGAUAAGACAAAUAUUGUUUUGAAAAACAGCUAUACAAUAUUAUUUGCAAGAAAUUAUUAAACAUGCAAAUAUUAAUCUGACCUUAAAAUAAAGUGUAUCAAUAUAAUGUAUUUCACAUAGACUAGCUUUAAUUUUUAAUGGGAAGGAGGUUAUUUCAUGAGCCACAUAGAUGACGAAAGACAAACUCAACUGUUAAAUUAGCCCUCACUAAACUAAGGUAGCUUAAUAGAAGUUUUAAUAGUUCAGCCUUUGCCAUUGUGGAAAGAGAGAGAAUUGCUAAAAGAGAGCUUGCAACUGUAAGAUUAGCCAUAAAUGUAACUUGAUUUUUUUCCUUUCUGAUACUGGGAAGAAACACCCGUCCGCAACGCCCAGUAGCAGCCUUUUCAAAGAAGCGAGUUUGGCCUACUACACAUAACCAGUUUGCUUAUUUAUCAUGAAUUGUGGAAGACCCACACGUCAGUACGUAUUGUUCAUUCGGUGUAACCUGUGCCAAUUGGCUGAAGUGUCAGAGGAUCGCUUUGUCCCUCCUCUGUCAGAACAGUGGCUCUGUGUUAAGCCUAGUCCUUCUGUGCAUGAAUGGAGUGGUUUGGCCUCACCGUUAGAAUGGUCUCACAGGCAUGAGUGUUCAUAAUACACGUCCAAGAUCCCUCUUGGAGUGUUGUCUGGAAAAACGUUUUUGUUAUGUUUUUUUUUAAGUAAUAGAAAGCUAAUACUAGUGCUUGUUUGAGUACUAACCAUAAUAAAAUGAAAGGCAUCAAGGCACAACGCAGAUAUGUAUCACUAAUUCAGAAGAGUAAAAUGUGGGACCCUGUCCCUUUCAAACGCAGAAAACAAAAUGGCAUCUUCCUCAUUCUCUCUUAUCUCCAGUUUAAUUAAAAAUUAAACCACAGUAAAAUACGGAAGAGCCUGUAGAUAAUGUUAAACUAUUGACUACUGAGAAGUUAAGCGACUGCUUAAAAACAUUUGUCUAUGGAAAUAAGGUUACAUUUCUGUGCAAAGAUAGUAUGGCGGACAGUCCUUAGUGGAGAACCCUUCCCUUACCCAGGGGCUGUGGGAGCACAUGUCCCUUGUAACUGAAUACUGUGAAUGAUAUUUUUUUUCAUUGGUAUUAGGGCCAUUAUGAGUUUAUUCUGCUUUUUAAAAAAAAUCAUUUCAUACCCCCUUGUACUUUGAGUAUGGUGUAAUUAUACCCACUUCUAAGUCGGCAGCACUGCCCUCUCAGAGGGGAGUGAGAAUUCUGUCUAGUAUCGCCUGUUCCCAUUAGGUCUAACCUAGUAUUUCUCCAGGGAAUACUCUCCAAAGAUAGUUGUCACAUCACUGCCUGUAGUUUUUCCAUACCUGCUUUGGUGCCUUCUUUUGAUAAUGAAAUAAACCACAGACAACUGUGUCUAAUUUUGACAUAUUCCAAGUGUCUCUGUCUUGCUGCUGUUAAAUGUUCGGGAUUUGGAGCAUGAAGCCAACCCAGAUUUCUGGUCCUUGGAAGGAUGGCUUGAACGCAGCCAGCCCCUCUUUGGGAAGGAAUGUGUUGUGUUGGGUGGAGUGAGGGCACGGGGUGAUGCACCACUUUAGCUGUCUGUGCGUGUGUUCUCUGCUGCAGGCUUGCCCAUGCCAUCGUGCCUAGAGCACUCUGGUUUCCAGGUGACAGACACGAUUCACGGUAUAGUAUGAGACCUCUGAAGUCGGAGCCUUCUCUACAGCUGUAAUUUCUUUCUUUUAGUUCUUGGCUUCCAGAAAUGCUUUUUAAAGAGAAAGUUGUAAUGCUUGUUAAGUAGCACCAGCUACAGUUUGUGCUGUGCGUACAAAGAGGUACUGUGAUUAAGAUUUCAGAAUGUUACAUAGUGAAUAUAUGCCUUUUCGGUUUUUUGUUUUAUUUUUCGGUCCAAGGCAAAUCAGAUCCCUUACUUCUGUUUCCUCAGUAGAAAAUGACAAACAUAGUAAUUUUAUAGAAAUGUAUGGGCCUCAACUCAAGAGUUCAAUGGAAGUGUGUAGGUUCUUCUUCCUUCAUACCACUUUCAGCAUUUAUAGAAACACCAGACAGACAGACAGACAGGCAGACCAACAGACAUUUUCUUCAGAGUUAGGAACGAACUUUCUUCGUCGUCCUUGUCAAACAGCAUUGUCUUACACGUCUCGGCUGGGUGCUGGAGACCUUUGUGAAGUUCAUGAUGAUCCGAAAGCAGCAUAUAUGGGCUGAAGAAGUGAGGGCACUUUCUAGAAAAGCCAGCCCUUGGGCGCUUUUGGCUAAGAUAGUUAGCCCUGCAAGUCUCAGGGCUCUGGGCUCAGCCAUUGACAGGCGCUCAGACUUCGUUUGAGAAGGUCCUGAACUGCAUCUUCUGGCCCUGGCUUCCACUCACCUAUUUGUGCUCGCGUUUUUAUCGGCUUAGGUUCUCGUUUAUUGACGUCCAUCCAGUCAAUCCAUUUUCUAAAGUUCAAAAGGAUCAAAUUAUUUUAGAAUGGGCCUUGGGAUAACUGAUACUCUAGAGACAACGAUAAAAUGUUAGAAAUCACUCAUGUGUUUAAAUUCUUGUGCACAUGUGCUCAUUAAAUAGUCACAUAAACUAUACUUUCAGUCAUCACAUUGCAAUCUGAUAUUUUAAUGUUCUGUAUCUUCAGAAAAUACUGUAAGAAACCCUAAAAGCAAUACAUAUGCGACAUUUCUUUUCAUAGCAGUCAGGCAGAAGGAAGGUUGGAGUCCGUGUUGGUGAGUCGUGACUGCCGUACAUUCCGUGAAGUCAAGACUCCCACACUUUCCCUGCCCCAGCUCACCUGAAGAGAUGGAACAUAGCCCCAUCCUGAACAGGGACCUAGCGGGGCAGGGAUGCCAGCCAGUUCCCUAUGGAGAGUCUUCUCAGACAGUUGAGUGCAGUCAGGUAACCAAGGUGGGUUUUAGACAUCAUCAGUGCCAUGGGCUGCACAGUGAAGAGGCCAGACGAACAUCACAGUGAUUGAACACGCAGGACAGUGCUGCACAUCCUGUCAUUGUUAGGGAGAUGCCGACCGUCUGGGAGUACUUGUGACUUCACUCAGGAGGAUAAUCCCAGAUGAGUGGAGAGAGAUGGAUUCUUUUCCCAGACCGAACCUUAGAUGCCCCAGGAGUUGAGCCUAGCUAGUGUUUGGAUUAUUUUUUCUUAGUCCUUCAUUUAUGGCUCCCAAAGUGUUUUUAAAAGACCACAGCCAAUUUACUCUGUAUGUAAAAGAACCUUUAAAAAGAAAAUCAUAGCUGAAUGAGCCAGUUGGUUCUGUUUUGGCGACGGGGAGAGCGGUGGGAGGAAGAGAAUGUCACGUGACUUUCUGCAGACACUCUUGUUUGUAUCAUUUUAUUUCUGUAGCCUCGUGUCUGUUUCCUUAUUAUAACAUCAUCUAUAACGGUGGUGAUUAGGUUUCUUAAAUGGCAUUUCAUUUAAUGACGUGUCAUUCUUUGUAGCUGAUUCAUCACUUUUCCCAACCUGGCCCUCAAGCAGAUCACAAGUAGUGUUAUCUUUAAAGCUAUCUUGAAGAUAAAUGUUUCAGGUAUUACAAAUGUUUUAAAUGACCUUUAAAUAGCUAUGUAUAAAAAAUCUUGAUACAGACAAAGGCAGACCCCCCACCCCAUGCACAGACUGUAGGGAGAGCUGAGGUGUGGCUUCGUUUCAUCUCACAAGUGCUGUGGCCUUAUUAAUGUAGUUUAGUCCUAGAACUAUUUUCUUCCUCAUUAUUGGAGGACAUUUUGAUUAAGAACUGGCCAAAUGAUAAGGGUUUAUUAUGCCCGAUGGCUUAAACAAAUUUGAAAAAAUAAACCUGUUAUCUUAUUGUAUCAGGUAACUUAAACAGGAAACAUUAACAUCAGGUACACCAGGUAAUUUAAAGUGGAACUUUUUUGAAUCCUAGAACUAUAUAAGACAAAAUUUAAUUGAAUGAUACUGCCUUGUCCUAGCCCCACAAGUUGUUUUCUUUUCAAAGCAUAAAAUGCAACAUUUUGAAAAUACUCUGCAAUAUUAACAUUUACUUCCUUCAUAGUCUCAUUUAAAGUGCCGAAACCUUUAAAUGUAAUUUUGUCAGAAAAGUAACAUUUGAAACCUUGUACUAAAUAUAUUUAUUAUAAAAAUAAUGUAUACUUCUAAACACGUUUUUAAAUAUAGAAGUAUGUACAGUAAAAAGUGGAAGUCCUCUACUCUCUCAUCUUACUUCCUAGCUAAUAGAAUUUAGAUUUUUAGAAAUCUAGGUUUUUAAUUUAAAAGUUCUUGGCCGAUCAAAAAUAAAUCAACUUUGAAAAAAUCUUUUGUAACUUUAAAAUAAAAGUUAAAAGCUAUAAAUCACAUCCUUUUUAGUAUUGUUGUCACUUUACCCAUUUCAUUUCCUACAUCAUAGGCUAAUGAAUAUGUGACUCUUAACUGAGAGAUUCUCUUGAAAACCAAGCCAAAAACAGGAAGAAAGGAAAGAAAGAAGGAAGAUGGGAGGAAGCCAGUGGCAGUAUCUUUUCAACUAUCAUUGGGUGCCUUUUUUAAAAAAAAAAAAAACAGCUUUACAUCAUAUAGUUCACCCAUUUAAAGUGUACAGUUCAGUGAUUUCUAAUAUAUUUAUAGAGCUGGGUGGCUUCUUAUACAUAUUUGAUGCAUUAUGAUUUCUUGGGUCUUGAAAUUUCAAUGCCUAGUUUUACAAAUUUAUUACGGGAAUUUGAAGCAUGUGUAAAAGUCGACAGAAGGUAUGAUGAACCCACGUGCCCAUUCUCCACCUUCCCCUCAUGGGCAGACUUCUUUCAGAUCUUUACCCUCUCCCACUCCCCUUGGAUUAUUUUGAGGCAAAUUCCAGGGAUUGUAUAAUUUCUUCCAUAAAUAUUUCAGUUCAUACAUGAGACGAUUUAAAAAAAUGCCCACAGUAAUGUUCACGUCAAAAAAAUUAAUAAUAUUAAAUAUCCAGUGUUCAAAGUUCUAAUAAAUGUCUAAUUUUUUUUAGUUUUAUUUUAGAACUUAUGAAAGAUAAUUUUUAUUAUCUUGCCGAGUUAGUUGGAGAAAAGUUUGAAGUCACACUAAAUAUUUGUACAAUAUAUUUGAAUAUCUGCUUCAAAUAAACUUAUGCCUCUGAAGUAAGAUUUCACAGAUUCCCAAAUGUAUUUUGGUUCCUAUCUUCCCGGACGAAAAAGUUCUCUGACCUCCGUUUUGGCCAGGUGAGUCCAUCUCUCCCUGACUCACCUCACGGCUUACCUUCUCUCGGCUGUCUGCCUGGUCCAGGAUUUCCUGGUUCUUAACUCUUCUUACGACAGGCCUUAGGGAGGCUGCACAUUCUGUACUGAGGAAACAGAACAGAGGGUUGGAGAUUGCAGAAGUCCAUCUUGCCUUCCUGAUGGUGCUCUGACAGUACAUAUGAUGCCUUCAUUUGGGUGUGGGAUGGGAUGGGCAGGGGUGGGGAAAAGAAGCCUGGAAUUAAUUUCCACUUACAGUCUAAUAUGUUAAAAGGGGUGACCUUGGCACUAGCCAGUUUGUAACUUUGGAUGAAGUGACUUGCUUUUGAGAGCACCAUUAGAUAGGGCAAGGGACUUCUGUUGACUAACUGACCGAUUAACUGUAUCUCCCUAAGAGGAUACAGUUAGAGGAAUAACAGCAUAAGAAUAACCAUAGUUACGUAGAACUUUGUACAGGUUAAAUCCCGUUACAACACCUUUCAGUAGAAUAUCCAAAUUCCUUAAUUUGUCUUAACGCUUUUCCUAUGAUGCAUUAAUAUGUAUCAGAUUGUAGAACUUUUUUUUUUAAACCUUCCUUAGGGGGAAAAGGUGUAAGAACUUGAUAUUUUUGUGGCAUUGGGGGUGGGGGGGUACAUUUCGGUCCCAGUUCCGUGUUCUAAUGAACACCCCUGCCAGUUUUCCCAGUGCUGGGAUCAUGGGUGUGAAUGUCCCAAAGCUGGUCGGCUCCAUUGCCCUGCAUUGCUCCUUGAAAUUGCUGGCCUUGUGCUUCCACAUGAGAAAGAGUUCAUUUAUUCAAAAGUGUGUUACAAGCAUCAGGGUUUGCUUGGUGCUUUGGGGGAAGACUAACAAUCGAUAAAAGAUAGCGUCCCUAUUCAUUGGGAACCUACAGAUGGCUUGGGAGAGGAGACAGCUCGAGUGUGAAUCUAAGGUAAUGGUGUAAUCAGGAGAGUUUUUUGGAGCCGAGGAGGAAAGCUUUCAGGGCAGGUAGUUAUUCCUCCCUAGGGUUGUAGCAUCCAUCAAGCCAUCAGCAAAGGCCUGAAGGUAUUUUUGGCAACAUUUUGAUUUUUGUAGCUUUCAUUGUAACGGGAUUUAACCUGUAACAUCUUUCAUCAGAGAAGCACAGAUUACACAAAUGAAAACAUCAUCUAUCCCCAUUUGUAUUUUGUGUACUUUGUACAAGAUGUACUUAAGUGUAUCUUAAAGACGUUGAAUAUGUAUAAAUGCAAGCAUUAAUAGCCUUUUGCAGAUAGCUUCAUGAACAUGGAUGUGUUUAUUUUGUUUACUUUUGUAUUCAGCAAAAGAGAGCAUGUAGAACGUGUUUAUACAAAACACACGUGAAAAUGUCUAGAUGUUAUUUCAGGGUAUGAUGUGUGGGCGUGGUUGCUUUAAAUCCCUCGAUUUUUUCAGUGGUGCUAGAGUAGCUGGUGUUGCUUAACGUGGCAUUUUUUUUCCUGUCCACACUUUCCACCCUUGGCACAGGUAUUUUUGAUAAAGCUGUGGAAUGGAAAGGUAUGUUUUUUUAUGGGAUGUUCAAGAAUUUAUUACCAUAAAUUUUUUAAAGAGGCUUCCUUUAUGGGCUUCCGUUUAUGUCUGGCUUAAGCAGACCUAGUUUAAUUGUAAUAAAUAACUCCUAAUUUUAGAGACAAUAUUUGAGUAUAAAAUGUUGACAUGAUACUUAAGUUUCUGACUUAACUUUUCCCCAUCCCUUUAUCUUUAAUGAUAGUAUGAAGGUUUUUAAAGCCCUUGGGGUGGUGGGUAGCUUUUAAAGUAUAUAAUCUGUGCCAUGAAGAAUGUAGCCAGAGUUGUUUAUGGUCAUUAAUGAUCUUGUAUGUUGUCGUUGCUAGAAUCCUGGUUACCAAUAAUUUGCAAUUUCAUUGAGGAAAGUGAUGCAAAAGUAUCCCUUAACAUACUAAUAUGUAAAAUAAGUUUAGGGAUUGUUGCUUAAUUUACACAAUCCUCUUUAUUGGUGGAGGGAAAUUUCAGAUUUAGCUAGUGACUGGCUGAACUAGAAGAGUUAUUGUCUGUGCAAGUGGCUAGUUUGGUCUAGGGCUUGUCUACACAGACUGCAUGAAGGUGAGCCGCCUGCCUGGCCGAGUCCUGUGCUGACCGUGGCUCUCCACAGAUGUGGUCACACGCCCUGCUCUUGCAGGAAGACAGCCUCCUGGGGAUAGCGCUGACCUGAAAAAGCCACAUAGCUAAAUUGAGGUCCUGUAAUAAAGAGGGAUCCGAACAAGCUCAGAAAGAAAAUGAAUUUCAAGGGGCCGAGGCCAUGGUUCUGGAGAGUGUGAUGUUUGCCAUUCUUGCAGAGAGGUCUCUAGGUCCCAAACUCUAUGGGAUCUUUCCCCAGGGCCGGCUGGAGCAGUUCAUUCCGAGCCGACGAUUAGACACUGAAGAAUUAAGUUUACCAGAUAUUUCUGCAGAAAUAGCUGAGAAGAUGGCCACAUUUCAUGGUAUGAAAAUGCCGUUUAAUAAGGAACCAAAGUGGCUUUUUGGAACAAUGGAAAAAUACCUCAAUCAAGUGCUGAGAAUUAAAUUUACCGGGGAAUCCAGAAUGAAACUACACAAACUCCUCAGUUACAAUCUGCCUUUGGAAAUGGAAAACUUGAGAUCGUUGCUUGAGUCCACUCCCUCGCCAGUUGUAUUUUGUCAUAAUGACUGUCAAGAAGGUAAUAUCUUACUGCUGGACGGCCGGGAGGACUCUGAAAAACAGAAGCUGAUGCUGAUAGACUUUGAAUACAGCAGUUACAACUACAGGGGAUUUGACAUCGGGAAUCAUUUCUGUGAAUGGAUGUACGAUUAUAACUAUGAAAAGUACCCUCUUUUCAAAGCAAACAUCCUGAAGUACCCCACCAGGAAAGAACAGCUCCACUUUAUUUCCCAUUACUUGGCUGCAUUCCAGAAUGAAUUUAAAAACCUCAGUCAUGAAGAAAAGUCCAUUAUAGAAGAAGAAAUGUUGCUUGAAGUCAACAGGUUCGCCCUCGCGUCCCAUUUCUUCUGGGGACUUUGGUCCAUCAUACAGGCCAAGAUUUCAUCUAUUGAAUUUGGGUACAUGGAAUAUGCCCAAGCAAGGUUUGAUGCCUAUUUUGACCAGAAGAGGAAGCUCGGGGUGUGACCGUGGGGCGCCCCUGGCGCCCCUCACCACUGCACCGCGCGGAGGUGGCCGGACAGGGCUCCUCUGUGCUGACUGCUGUGCCUGCGGCAAGAAGGCUCGGAUGUCUCGCUUACUCCAGAGCCCAGAUGUAUAUGAUACUAAAGACUAUUAAAAUUGAGUAACAAUUAUUUCCUAUCUUGUUUACGAUUUCACUAGGACUCUGAGACGAGAUCGGGAAGCAGAAAUCUAGUGUAAUAGUGCAAUAGUGCAACAUCUCACAAUCCUCUUAAUCUAGAGAAGGCAUUUUAUACCGGGGGCUUAAAGCUUUCUGUCAGAUACGGCAAAAGCAAGAGUUAGCAGUAUUACUGCGAGUACUGUUUUUUUUUUUUUUUAAAUGUUGAUUUUUCCAAAACUGAAUUGAUGUGCUGGUAAACACUGUGACCAGGCUCUUUGUAGUAACAAUGUGUUGUAGACACUACUCACUCCGAGGGACCGUGCAUGAGCGCAGACGUACUGUGAAGUCCCUCCGAGGCCUUAUCCCAGGACGGCGUCCAGCUGUGGGCGUCCUCUGCCGGGUUCCCCGGGAAGCUGCUGGUUCACCCCUUUGGUCCAAAUGGCUGAUGCGCAAGAAAGCCAAUUGCACAGGAGCUGUUGCGAGCUAUGUCUACAAAUGGAUGAAUGUAGUUCUCUGCUGUUGUAUAUUGCUAUACAGCUGAACUGACAUAAGUGGAUAGAAUCUUUGCCAUGCCCUCCUCUAAGAACGUGCUGUUAACUCCAGCCCCGGGGCAGGCAGCUGUGCCUUGGGCCACGGAGGUCAGGGCUGCGUGGGGCCGUGCCGCGUGCCUGUCUCCUCUCGCCUGCCCGACCUGGCUGCUUGCUCCAGCUCCUGUGGCCUUUCUUGCUUCCUCUCCACUCAGCCUGGGGCUCGUCGCUGGAGGGACACUGGAGGGCUCGGCCCAGGGACCCCCGGAGGCGUCCUUAGAUGCCCCUGCUCCCAGUGAGGAGGCCAUGGUCAGCUGGGGGUGGGGGCACCCUGGGCCUGGCCCUCCGUGGUCACUCCUGGGAGCAGCGGUGUGUGUGGUGUGCAGACGUAGGUGGAGAUGGGUGAAGUCGUAUGUGUAAAAUGCCCCUUUGGGAUAAACUCUUAGAUUUUUUUUCACUCUGAACUUUUAUUUGAAUUGUUUUUUGUGCAUACAUUUCUACUACCACAGAGAUCGUACUACACAAAAAAAUAAAAGAAUUAAAAGCCUGACCUCACACUCAACCCUUGGAUGUGUCGUGAAUCUCAGCAAGAAACAGUUCCUGGUAAU